AUGGGGAUCGCUGAUGAUGACCUUAAUGAGAACUACUUUGGUGACUUGAUGAGGGUGAAAGUCACAUGUUCACCAGGAGGCUGGAGUGGGAAAAUGAAGAAAAUGUUAAGAGAAUUAGAUGCCAUGAAUUCUGUUAUUGCUCAUCUUGCUCCAGAAGAAGAAGUAGUUAUCCACAAGUUUGCUAGACUUUGCAUGUCUGCAGAAUACACCAGCAAAGUGCAAAUACUUGAACACAGUGGGUUAAAGCCUCUCAUCAGACUGCUGAGCAGCCCAGACCCUGAUGUGUAGAAGAAUUGUGAGUGCAUUCACAACUUGGUCCAGGAUUUUCAGUGUUGAGCUACACUUCAAGAACUGAAUGCAAUCUCUUCUAUAUUAGAGCUCUUGAAGUCAGAAUACCCAGUGAUUCAGUUGUUGGCUCUCAAAACCUUAGAUGUUAUUACAAAUGACAAGGGCUCACAAGUGAUGCUAAGAGACAAUCAAAGAAUGGACCACCUUAUUAAGAACCUGGAAACUAUGGAAUUGAAUGACCUUCAUACAGAAGCACUCUCAGUGAUAGCCAAUUGCCUUAUGGAUAUGGAUACUAUGGUGCUGAUUCAACAGAUAGUUCUUAAGGAGCUCUUAGCAAUUGCAGAAAACUCUACAGUUCCUGACAUUCAGAAGAAUGCAGCAAAAGCAAUUACUAAAGCAGCUUGGAACACUGAAAACAGAAAACUUUUUCAUGAACAAGAGGUUGAAAAAUGCCCUGUAGUCCUUUAAGGCUCUGAAAGCAAUGGGACUGAAAUUGUUGCUUCCCACACUGUCUCAGCAAUGUGUGAGAAUUCAGGCAGCAAAGAAUUUUUAAGUCAUCAGGGUAAGGUUCCACAGUUGGUUCAGUUGCUAGAAAGUGACAAUGAAGAGGUUAAGGAAGCUGCAUCCUUGGCCCUGGCUCAUCUGACCACUUGCAGUCCCGCUAAUGCAAAUGCUGCUGCCGAAGCUGAUGGUAUCAGUCCACUAAUAAACCUCCUGUCUAGUAAAUGAGAUGGAGCCAUUGCCAACGCUGCCACUGUGCUGACGAACAUGGCAACGCAGGCGGCCCUGCGCGAUAUCAUUCAGAGCAACGACAUCACGCAUGCGCUCAUCGUCCCGCUGCGGUCUGCAAACACGGUCGUGCAGAGCAAAGCUGCUCUCGCCAUCGCGGCAACUGCCUGCGAUGUUGAGGCCCAGACAGAGUUAAGAAAUUCAGGGGCAUUGGAGCCCCUCAUAGAGCUCCUGCGCUCCAGGAAUGCCAAGGUCAGAACAGCCAGCUGGGCUGUAAUGGUCUGCGCCAGUGAUGAGCUGAUGGCCACUGAACUGUGUAGGUUCAAUUUGAAAGGCCGAGGAAAGAAAGAGGAAGAAAAGCUGGAGGAGGAGGAAGAGGUUAUGGCAGCACAAAAAUGGGCUGCAGAAGCAGGCCCCUGUAAAGAAUGGUACCCUCCCUCUGAUCCCGACUUCUGUGCUUGUGUGUAUGAAGUGACCAAAUCAAUACUUCCCAUAACAAAUACAAAGGAACAGGUUGAAGCUCUUUCAAAGUAUGUGGCAGAAAAAAUGGGCAGUAAAAUUCCAAAAGAGAAACUACAGAAUUUUGUCUGGCAACUUCACAUAAGUGAAAUAAAAUUUCAACUUAAAUCCAAUGUUGUGCCAAUUGGACAGAUCAAAGAAGGGAUAUUCUACCAUCAAGCUUUGCUUUUCAAGGCUCUGGCCGAUAAAAUUGGCAUCAGCUGCUCUUUGGUUGGAAAGGGUGGAAGAGCGUGGAAUGAAGUUAGGCUGAAAAAUGAAUCUCAGAAGGGAGUGACUGGGAGUCUCCCACCUGAACCUGAAGUGUACAUUGUUGACCUCAUGUUCCAUCCAGGUGGACUGAUGAAACUAAAAUGUGAAGAAGCAGAUCUUUACAAAUUUCUCAAAAACUAUCAAAUGAAACAAAUGGGCUCAAACAAGAAAUUUAUUCUAUAG